AUGGCUUCAUUUCAUCAUUCAUGGAGCUUUUGUGUCUUCUUUAGCAUUAUCACACUCAUCCUCUCUUGGUACGUCAAACCUACCGAAGCCGUCUACCAUGGCUAUGUUCCAAGUCCAUGGACCCUUGCUCAUGCCACAUUUUAUGGUGAUGAGUCUGCAUCUGCAACCAUGGGAGGUGCGUGUGGUUAUGGAAACUUGAUCACUAAUGGAUAUGGGACGGAUACAGCUGCAUUGAGCUCGACAAUCUUUAGUGAUGGAUACGCUUGUGGACAAUGUUACCAAAUACGUUGUGUCCAGUCUCCGUGGUGUUACACAGGCUACACCACGGUUACUGCCACAAAUCUUUGCCCACCAAACUGGUCUCAGGAUUCAAACAAUGGCGGUUGGUGCAACCCUCCUAGGACUCAUUUUGACAUGGCUAAGCCUGCGUUCAUGAAAAUCGCUCAAUGGAAGGCUGGAAUUGUGCCUGUCAUGUACCGCAGGGUACCCUGCAAUGGCAUUAGAAAAGGAGGGAUCAGAUUUUCUUUCCAAGGAAACGGUUACUGGCUAUUGGUGUAUGUGAUGAAUGUUGGGGGUGCAGGCGACCUUCAUCAGAUGGCGGUGAAGGGAACCAAGACCGGGUGGAUCAGCAUGAGCCAUAACUGGGGUGCUUCGUACCAAGCUUUUGCAACUCUUAAGGGUCAAGCCCUCUCAUUUAGGCUAACUUCAUACACCACCAAGCAAACCAUUACAGCUUACAAUGUUGCCCCGGCUAACUGGAACUUAGGGUUGACGUAUCAAGCCAAUGUCAACUUCCAUUGA